CUUAUAGACGACCUUUCCCCUUUUUCACUAGCAGCUUCUUCCGACGACCUUUUCCCUUGGCCCUGAUGCUCACCCAGAGGUACGUGCUCACACCAAACACAUGGCAACAUGGCAAGACACAGGAACUUUCGAAAUCUGGACUACAGUGAAGAGUACGGCUAUGAUGAUGUGUAUGGGAAGUCACUAGAAGAAGAGGUAGCAGUCUCACCAAGUACUGCAGCCGAGUUUAUCUACCAGAGGAACUCGAGGGAAAUUCCCUCCUUAAAGACAUUCUUGGACAGGAGGGCAGACCCUGAGGCCCCACCCACUACUACACUGAGUAGCCCCCUGGCCACCACCAGCAGUACUGCUACACCCAGGCUGGAUGUUGUUGGCCCACCGCCUGGAUUCCCACCCAUGGCCAGGGGGCAAGUCCCAAUUAGGAUCACCGCUGAAGGCUCUCAAAGGAGUGGAGACAUUGAGGUGAUCACUAAGAGAGUAGCAUCCUCCUCCCUCAAACCUAAGAGAGGGUUUGUCACAGCUGGCCGGUCGCUGGACGAUGGACUCAUUCACAGUGGCACUCCCAGUCCAAGCCGAAGUCCUUAUGCCAGUCCAGCUCGAAGCCCAUCCCCUACUCAUGCCACUCCCACCCAACGACCCGCACUAACUCCACAGAGGAGCAAGUCAAAGUUCAAUAGGGUUGAUGUACUGACUGAAUACAAGGAGAGGGAGAAGACCAGCAAAGGACAAAUCAACCUCGUCGUCAUAGGCCAUGUGGAUGCUGGUAAGAGCACUCUUAUGGGACACAUGCUUUAUCUACUGGGAAAUGUCUCCAAGAAAGCAAUGCACAAAUAUGAGCAGGAGUCUCAAAAAGUGGGCAAGGGCUCGUUUGCUUAUGCCUGGGUCCUGGACGAGACGGGUGAGGAGAGGCAUAGAGGAAUCACCAUGGACGUGGGACAGUACAUGUUCGAAACCCCCUCCAGGCUCGUUAAUCUAUUGGAUGCCCCCGGGCACAAAGACUUCAUACCCAACAUGAUCACUGGAGCAGCGCAGGCGGACGUGGCUGUGCUGGUAGUGAACGCAACUGUAGGGGAGUUUGAGGCGGGGUUUGAAGCAGGGGGUCAGACGAGGGAACACGCCCUCUUAGUGAGGUCACUGGGAGUGAGACAGCUGACUGUUGCUGUCAAUAAAAUGGACACUGUUGACUGGUCUCAGACAAGGUUCAAUGAUGUUGAGCAGAAACUGAAGCUGUUUCUCAAGCAGGCUGGAUUCAAGGAGAGUGAUGUGAACUAUGUGCCAUGCUCCGGACUGACAGGGGAUAAUCUUAUGACCACACCCUCUCUACCAGAACUGACGUCCUGGUACUCUGGCCCCACCCUACUGCAGAGAAUUGACCAGUUCCGUUCUCCCCCACGUCCAGUGGACAAGCCCUUCCGGUGCUGUAUUGCUGACAUAUUUAAAGGUCAGGGGUCAGGAUUUAAUGUGUCUGGUCGUCUGGAAUCGGGACAUGUGCAAGUUGGACAAUCGGUUCUCAUUCAGCCUGCUAAUGAGGUAGCUACUAUCAAAGCUUUGAGUGUUAGCGAGGGUCAGAGUUCGUGGGCAGCGGCUGGUGACCAGGUCAUCCUCACUCUCAUCGGAUUAGACAGUGCCAAAGUCAGUAUUGGCAGUGUUUUGUGCAGUCAGGAUCAACCAAUAAGAGCGGUCACCAGACUAGAGGCCAGAGUCAUUGUGUUCAACAUUGACAUCCCCAUCACUAUUGGCUUCCCUGUGGUGCUGCACUACCAGUCGCUGAAUGAGCCAGCUGUGGUGACCAAGCUGCUGAGUCUACUCAACAAGAACACAGGGGAACUGCUUCGAAAGAAACCUCGGUGCCUGACUAAAAACAGCUCUGCCAUAAUCCGAUUGGACGUCUCCCGACCGAUAUGUUUGGAGCUCUAUCAGGAUUGCAAGGAGUUGGGUCGAUUCAUGAUCCGUGCCGGGGGCAACACCAUAGCAGCUGGCGUCGUCACUAAGAUCAUUCAGUGAGCGUGUGGUACGUGUGUUGCCAUGGUGAUGUGUCAGAGCUUGCUGUCUAGACCAAUCUUCUCACUCAACUAAAUUUAUAUGAACACUGAGCACAAAACUUGUUAUAGCACAGUUUUAUAAUGGACAUAAUAAUUAUUAUAAUCACAAUUCAAACAAUAUUUUCAGAAAUUUGGUUUUGUGUCGUAUAUACACUUAAUUAUGGAGCUACACAG